AUGCCCCGCAAACGCAAAGCCUCACUCCCAUCUUCCGAGCCCUCAACGACACCUCUACAAUCCUUAGUCCCAAUCGAGUCCUCAACCAAACCACCCUCAACAUCAACAUCAAAACAAAACCCCUUCAAACCCUACCCCGCCUCAAAAGUCUACCGCCUCAUCGAACCAGGACCCACCCUCCUCGUCUCAACCGGCUCCCUCGCCGACAAAACCCACAACCUCAUGACCCUAGGCUUCCACAUGAUGCUCCAACACUCCAGCCCGGCCCUGUUGAACAUCUGCCUCGGCCCCUGGGACACAAGCUUCGCCCUCCUCUCCCAAACAGGCUCCUGCGUCCUCGCAAUCCCCGACACCACGCUUGCCGAGUUCGUUGUGGAUAUCGGGAACUGCUCCGGCGACGAAGUGGACAAGUGGACGAAGUUCGGGUUUGAGGCGCUUCCGGCUGCGAAGGUUGAGGCGCCGCUUGUGGGGGGCAAUGGGGUUAUUGCGAAUAUUGAGUGUGUGGUGCAUGAUCGGGCGAUGGUUGAGAAGUAUAAUCUUUGGGUUCUGAAGGCUGUUAGGGCGUGGGUUUGUGAUGGGUUUGAGGGGAGAGAUGGGGUUGGGGCUAUGAGGAUGUUGCAUCAUCGGGGUGAUGGGAGUUUUGUUGUUGAUGGGACGGUUUUGGAUCUUAGGGGGAGGAUGGUUAAGUGGAGGGAGUUUCAAGAUUGA